UAUGAUAGUAGUGUUGGCUAUACAAGUGGUGCCUUCAAUACUGGUAGAACAAAUUUUAUUAUUCAUAGUAAUUCCUUACAAUUUGGAACUUUUACAAGCAUAGUCUUCAUGUCCAUAUUCAUGUAGUUUUAACAAACUCCAAUGGUUUCUUAUGAAAAGAAAAACUCAACUGCAGCCACCAAUGUUCUAAGUACACUAAUUAGCAAAACCCUAUAAUAUAACUCACAUAGUGGAAAAACAUUAGUUUGGAAAUAUGAUUAGAAAAAGAAGAGGCAGAAGCACCAUUACGAACGUUGGAACCCUCAAACAGAUUCACGCUUUAAUGAUCGUUAACGGUUUAACUUCCAACGUUGGUUUCCUCCGAAAACUCGUCCUCACCACCGCCAUGUCAAUGGUGGGGCCCAAUGCAACCUCCGCCGUGAUACGAUAUGCACUCCAAAUGUUCGCUCAAAUUCCCCAACCAGACACCUUCAUGUGGAACACCUACAUCAGAGGCUCUUCUCAGAGCCAUGAUCCAGUGCACGCGGUUGCACUGUAUGCCCAGAUGGAUCAGCGUUCUGUGAAGCCUGAUAAUUUCACUUUCCCAUUUGUUCUCAAGGCUUGCACCAAGCUCUUCUGGGUCAACACUGGUUCCGCGGUUCAUGGCCGGGUUCUGAGGCUUGGGUUUGGUUCAAAUGUGGUUGUGAGGAACACCCUUUUGGUUUUUCAUGCUAAAUGUGGAGACUUAAAGGUUGCAACUGAUAUUUUUGAUGAUUCGGAUAAGGGGGAUGUGGUUGCUUGGUCUGCACUCAUUGCUGGGUAUGCCCAAAGAGGGGAUUUGAGUGUCGCACGGAAACUCUUUGAUGAAAUGCCCAAGAGAGAUUUGGUGUCGUGGAAUGUGAUGAUCACGGUGUACACGAAGCAUGGGGAGAUGGAGAGUGCUAGGAGGCUUUUUGAUGAGGCUCCUAUGAAGGAUAUUGUUAGUUGGAAUGCAUUGAUUGGUGGUUAUGUGCUUCGCAACUUAAACCGGGAGGCAUUGGAGUUGUUUGAUGAGAUGUGUGGAGUUGGGGAGUGCCCUGAUGAGGUGACAAUGUUGAGCUUGUUGUCAGCUUGUGCUGAUUUGGGAGAUUUGGAGAGUGGGGAGAAGGUGCAUGCCAAGAUUAUCGAGAUGAACAAGGGAAAGUUGAGCACACUGUUGGGGAAUGCUCUUGUUGAUAUGUACGCCAAGUGUGGAAAUAUUGGGAAAGCAGUUCGUGUGUUUUGGUUGAUAAGAGAUAAAGACGUGGUCUCGUGGAACUCAGUCAUUAGUGGGUUGGCCUUUCAUGGCCAUGCUGAGGAGUCACUGGGUCUAUUCAGGGAAAUGAAGAUGACCAAGGUCUGUCCAGAUGAGGUCACCUUUGUUGGUGUUUUGGCAGCUUGUAGUCAUGCUGGGAAUGUUGACGAGGGUAAUCGUUAUUUUCAUCUUAUGAAAAAUAAGUACAAGAUUGAGCCAACUAUUAGGCAUUGUGGGUGUGUGGUGGACAUGCUAGGGCGUGCUGGACUUUUGAAGGAAGCGUUUAAUUUCAUAGCCUCCAUGAAGAUUGAACCUAAUGCAAUUGUUUGGAGGAGUCUGCUUGGAGCUUGCAAAGUCCAUGGAGAUGUGGAGUUGGCAAAACGAGCAAACGAGCAGUUGCUUAGAAUGAGAGGGGACCAAAGUGGGGACUAUGUAUUGCUGUCAAAUGUGUAUGCAUCACAAGGUGAAUGGGAUGGGGCUGAGAAUGUAAGGAAGUUAAUGGAUGACAAUGGUGUGACCAAAAAUCGUGGCUCUAGCUUUGUUGAGGCAUUCAGCUGAUGAUCAUGAAGUAUUAUGCAGUAACAUGAAUGUUGAUCAAUUAUUGAAAUAUAAUUGUUUAUUCAUUUUGGCAUAACACCAAUUAAUAGGUGAGUUUAAAAAGGGUCUACAUCCAACUCAACUAAGAUAAUUACAAUAAGAAACCUCAAAGUUGCAGGACAAAACUAGUUUUGGCAUAUUCAUGCAAAGGUCAAUUUGUUUCUAGGGAUUGAACAUGAUUGGGUGGAGAUACAUUUGAUCUUUGGUGCUGCUAAGAUGUUUGGGCCUUCAAUGUUUUCAAGUCAUAUGGAGUAUGGAAUGUAUGAACCAAUCAAGUUACAGAGUUGCAUAAAUCUCAAGAUUUGAAUUCAAAGCCUGGAUUAGUAUUGAGCCAAAUCCAGUAACCGGAAGACUUUGCUUUGGAGCUUGCAUAGUUAAUGGAGAUUUGGAGUCGGCAAAACGUGCAAAAUAGGAGCUGCUUAGAAUGAGAAGGGAUUAGAGUGGUGAUUGGUGAAUAUUUACUGUUGUCAACAUAUAUGUUUCCCAAUAUGGGUGAGAUGGGGUUGAAAAGGUAAGUUGGUUAAUGGAUUGCAGUGGUGUGACAAAGAAUCCGGGCUUUAGCUUUGUUGAAGCAGAUAAUAAAGCUCUAAUGCAUUAUUUGUUUAUUAUUUGUUUUGAAUCAAAAUCUAAGUUGAAAAAAAAGAAGUCAAAUGCCGCUGCAAGGUGACUAUAUGUCAUCACAUUCUUGUAAUAUGUUGUCAUUCUAAAAUGAAUUAUUUUUAAGCAUGGGAUAGCCAUGCUUAAACUAUAACUAUUUAUGUGUGGCAAAAUUCAAUGUUCGAAUAGUUUGCUUGUCUAGUGGGAUGCUCUGUUAUUGUUGUUGAAUGGUUUACUUGCCAUAAUAUAUAGUUCUUGCUUUUCAAUUGCUAGUGCACCCCAGAUGAAUAUAAUGGUG